CUUCGCUCUCGCGCCGCCUGCCUCGGUGGCAGGCUGGAGGAGGGGGCUGCGCGCGCGAGGCAGAGCCGCGCGACGGGGGCACGCGAGCGGCGCGGGGCGACUGUCAGCCGAGCGCGAGGGCAACAAGUGGGUAAUUUUCCCGCCAGCAUGUCCCGGUGGCGGCUCCUGCCGUCCUCGAGGCGGGCGCCGACGCCCCCCGCUCUUUGAGAGCCGCUCUUGGAGAGCGCGACCCGGCCGGGGAGGAGACGCGGCCGCCGCCGGGUCGAGGUGGCCGAGCCACCAGGGACUCUCCGGCGAGGGGCGGAGGCGCCUCCGCCCAGCCCAGCCGCCCGUCCCUUUUCCUGGCCGGGACCGGGACCAUCCCCCCCGGCAGCUCCCCUGAGGAGACGGCUCUGCUCCCCCCGGUGGGGAGGGAGGGAGAUCCGGCCCGCACGCGCCGCGGGGAGCAUCGCUGGCCGGCGAGAGCCCCCGCCCUGCCGCAGGGGCUGAGCGCGGCGGCGGCAGGAUGGAGCCCGGCUGCUGAGGCCGUUGUGAGAAGCAUGGUGGAGCCGGAAAGCGCCACAGGAACAGGCGACGCGGAGCCCAGCUGUUGUCUGGCAAGGUCAGCAAGACGUGCUCAGGAGAAGAAGUAAUCUCAGAGGAAUCUGAAAAUGUUCUGGAUUGCUCAAUGAUACCUUCAGCCAGUUAAGCACCUUUCUACACUGCGAUUACUGCAUUCAGAGGAUCCAGUUUCAACACAGUUAUCCCCUGACCUGCUUACAACAUGGUUCCAAUUUGUAAUGAAGAAUGGAUCUUAAUUCUGUUGGCAACAGCCAAGGCUUUUAACCUGGCUACGUAAAAGAGAUAAAGUCCUGUUUACAGUGCAAAUCAGAAUUAUGUUGAAAUGGGGACCUCAGACUUGAUUGUAAAUGUAGCUUAGAUUGGCUUUGAAUGGCUCCAAGCAGAUUCUUGUCCUGUUCUUUGCCACCAAGAUGAUGGCCUUGAUAUUGAGGGCGGUAGAUUGUGGAGGAGGGAAAGUACUGUGAUAUGAUACAAUAGUUUUAUUUUAAAUUUUACAAACACCUGCUUAGAAUGCCUUAGUAGACUUGUGCCUAGAUUAUUUCCAAGAAUAUAGAAACUGAGGAAAAACAAUUGGUUCUUUUAGACCUUGAUUACAUUCAAUAAUCAUAAACUAAUCAAACAGAUUAUAAUUUUAUUUUAUUUUAAAUUGAAAGCAGGGGGAAAAGGGAUUAAUUUUUACAUUUGCUUGUGAAUCUAAUGUAAUGCAGUAUAGGCUGUAUUCUGUGUGUUUCCAAUUUUGGAUGUAAAGUACAUGAACGGCAUUGCUGAGGAGUAGAAAAUUUGCUUGCUCCAUAUUUAAAAAUAUAACUGGCAAUCAAGUAAGUUUUGUUUGAACAUGGAUUUUUUUCUGUUCGUUUUUGUAUUUGAAAUUAUCCUAAAGUGCAUUUUUGAAGUCUUUGCAUUCUUUCCUACUUCUCUCCAACUGUUUUAUAUAAUAUUGUUAAGAGCUUGACCAUUUUCCCCUUCACUGAGUUUUAUUUAGUAAAUAUGGUUUUUCUUUGUUUUGAAGUUGGAGUUUAUUAAUAUUGCUGUUUUUAAUUUACUUAUACACCAGAAUUCAGUGUCAGCACUACUUUGAGAGUAGUGUUUAACUGCAACUGCAGACCACCAAAGGGCAAUGCAUGAUCAAAACAAAGUUUGUUUGUUUUUAAAUGUCACUAAUAAAGUGAUAGCUUUAGUUGUGGGAUGGGUGAGGAGAGAAUUAUUUAGAUUAUUUAGACAUUGUUUUAACAUCUGAUUAAAGUAGGUUAGAGCUUGGAACAAAAGAUCGUGGUAGUGUAUCUUUUAGACAAAUAAUGUGUUACUACUUCAGUCUGGCAGCAGAAUUUCUUCUUGGCUGAUGGCCAAAGUUAAGGUUGUUGCAAGAAAUCUGUGUGCAUAAUGUGCAUCUUUUUUUUAUGGUUAAUGGCAUACUUCACUAUAUGUCUCAAAAUGCACCUUUAAAAGGCUGUAAAUAGUGAGCUUUAAACAUUUCAAACUAAUCAUAACUAUUCAUAGUUGGCUAGUUUGUUGACUUCAUGACUUCCUUAAGUAUUUUGUAAUUUUUUCCUUUCAAUAUUUUAAAGUGAAUGCAGAGUAUACAUGGUAUUGGACUGAAUGUGUAGGAGACUGUGGCCAUGCCUACACAAGAAAGUUGCAACAACUUACAUUGGUUUUUAAACCAGUGCCAACCUCUUUAUUUCUGACAACAAAAUUGAUUUUUAGAUCCAGAGUGGCCUCUUCCAGGUCCCCUAAUUUCAAGUAUUGCCGGGUAUAUCACAGAACAGUGCCCCUGACUGAUGGACCCGUGUCUUGAUGGCCUCAAGGAAUUGUGUGUCACUGGAAGAUGUUCAGUUUGCAAGUUCUUUAACUCACGUAUGAGAAAGGAUAGGGAAUCCUGCCUGCAGAUCUUAAAGAAUAGAUCUUUGAGGCCGGCAUCUGACCUGGGAUCUUUGAAACACACUUCCUUGUGUGGCCCCUCAGAAUCCAAGAGCCUGGGAGCUGAGACUCACCAAUAUGUCAGUAAAGUCUAAGGAAGUGGUAAGCCAGGGAAGCAUUUUCCCACUAAGAGCUUGAGCAGGGCCUUCCCUUGACACCACUCAGUCUGAGCAGUUGCCAUUGAAGUUCAGCUUCAUCUGGGCACUGAAGCACCGCUGGCAGGGCUGAGGGAAGGUGGUACUGCCAAAGCCUCCAUCUUCGGCAAGGAACUCAGCACCUAUAGCAGCUCAUACAGUAGCAUCAACAUCAGCACUUCCACAACCUGCUCUGGUACUGCUGCCUUCUACACUGUGUGCUGUACCAUCAGCCUCUGCAUGGAAGCCUGAACUGGUGCUGAGGGAGAAAUCAGAACUGAGACACUUGUGCAUCCCAGAGGUUUAUAGCACUGAAGGACCUCUUAAUUCUUCUGGAGUCAGAAUCACCCCUCUUACCAACAUUGGCAGCUGUGUCAGCACCAAGACAUCAAACUUCCUUGGCACUAAUGAUGCCCAUAGCCCUAUCCUCUACUUUGAAAGACCUGGCUCCUCCAGUGGAACCGGACUAUGCCUCAUUGAAAGUCUCUGAUGAUGAUAGAGUCUCAAACAUAUGCUCACCUCAGAAGUGUCCACAUCAUCAUCAUAUAUGGACUGAGACCUUACACUAGAGCUAGGUAUUGGGACAUUCUGUUAUUAGAACAAAGGCAUUGAUUUCUUAGACUCUAGGCACUGGGACCAUAUCAACCAGUUCCAGCAUGGUCACUGGGGCCUGUGAUACUUCCAGAGCAGAACUGAGCAAUACAAGAGACUGUCUACUUCAGCUACAGCAUCCAGAGCUGACCCUGUGCCUCUGCAACCCCUGUUCAAGACCUCUCCUCUUCAACACCAAGAGGAAGAACCUGAGAAGAUAGCACCCAUCUCCACAGGCCAUAUCCUUAUCUUUCCCAGAUGAGGCAGUCAUCUCUCCAGGUGCCCUUCAGGUGAUUUCAGUGGCUUCUAGAAGCUUCUUAAGAAGGUGGUGAAAGCUCUCAGAAUAUCCAUGGAAGAAGUCCAGGAACAAACCAAUAAGUUUGUGGAUCUACUCCAGUCCUCCACACAAGAGAUAAGACUCCCUUAGUUGAAUUGAUAUGAGAAAUGAGUGUUGGACGCAGAAGACUAAGGCUGCUGGGAAUUCUGAUGAUGGUAAACUUUUUUAUUUAUGUGAUUGUGGAAGUCUCCAAAAGUGGUGGUCAAGAGAAGAAUACAAAAGGACAGGUUAUAAUACCCAGCAGCAAAUUCUGGAGGAAAUACACUCCUCACAAGGCCUAUUGGAACAAACAGCAACAGAAGCUGGAACUCUUGUACAACCCCAUUUUGACCUUGCUUUCCAAUAUGACUGUGGAAGAAACCUUAAUUUCUAAUACUAGUGUUCUGAUUUCCUGUGACCCUGAUCCAUCAGUAACUUCAGAGGUUAAUGACUUUGCAAAGUUGCCAGACAGAUUUAAAGACUUCCUGCUUUAUUUAAGAUGUAGAAAUUAUUCAUUAUUAGUGGAUCAACCGAACAAGUGCAAACAUAAACCUUUCCUGCUGCUGGCUAUCAAGUCACUUAUACCACAUUUUGAUAGAAGGCAAGCAAUUAGGGAAUCUUGGGGUAAAGAAAUAAAAUCAGGGGAUGUAACAGUUGUAAGGGUCUUUUUGUUGGGACAGACCCCUCCAGAAGAUAACUUUCCUGACCUUUCAGACAUGUUGAAAUUUGAGAGUCAAACCCACCAAGACAUUCUUUUUUGGAACUACAGAGACACUUUCUUCAACUUGACUCUGAAAGAGGUGCUGUUUCUUAAAUGGGUCAGCAGCACGUGUCCAGAUGCCCAGUUUAUUUUUAAGGGGGAUGAUGAUGUUUUUGUGAAUAUCCAUCAGAUCCUGGAUUACUUGAAGAGUUUAUCAAAGGACAAAGCCAAAGACUUAUUUAUAGGUGAUGUGAUCAAAGAUGCUGGACCUCAUCGAGAAAAAAAAUUAAAGUACUACAUUCCAGAAAGUGUUUAUGAAGGUUCUUAUCCUCCAUAUGCAGGAGGUGGUGGGUUUCUGUACUCUGGUGAUCUGGCAUUAAGACUGAACAAUGCAUCUGACCAGGUCCUCCUCUAUCCUAUUGAUGACGUUUAUACUGGAAUGUGCCUUCAGAAACUUGGGCUUGCUCCGGAAAAACACAAAGGCUUCAAAACAUUUGAUAUUGAAGAGAAACACAGGAAUAACAUAUGUUCCUACACAAACUUAAUGUUAGUACAUAGCAGAAAACCUCAAGAAAUGAUUAAGAUUUGGACACGCUUGCAGGAUCCACACUUAAAUUGUUAAAUGUUUAAAGUAACAUGCAUAAGUGUCUUCAAUUUAUUUUCCAAGAUUGGGUCUAAUUUCUUCACUGAACCUUUAAAACUCCUCUUUGUUUUCACUUAAUGGUUUUUAAAGUUACUUCUCUUAAAAAUCAUUAGCUAGAAACAUUUGUCCAGUACUUCUAAAAGUAAAAAUAAUACUAGAAUAACAAAUUUUUGAGAGUAUGGCAUGAAGACUUAGUCCUAAUCUUUCCACUGUCCUAGUGGUUAUUAUGUUUUAAGAUUUCAUCUACAAAUUUUAAAAUAGACUUCAGAAGUUAUAACUAAAAAUUCUUCAUUGAUUCAUGGUUAGCUAUCACCAUAAUGUUGAAAGCAUGGAUUGCCCACUUUUCAUUGCUAGUGCAUCUUAUUUUAAUUGUGGUGGUAGAAACUGUAAACACUGACUUUUUUUUUCCUGAGAAAACUUGUCUGUGUGAAAUAGCAUUUGUAACUUAAAAAUUCAGAAAUUGGGGAAGUCUAAUUUUUACACAAAGUAGAAAAAAAAAACUUGAGAAAUUACACUAAUUAUUGAAAGGUUUUUUUGAUUUCGUAACUCUUCCUCUAUCCUAUGCUACUCCUGAACAGUAUUCUCUCAUUCAAAUGUGAUCUGCUGUGCAAAAUAUGUCUGCCUGUAUCUGAAAGGAUACUAAAUCUCUACCUUUUUUUUUUUUUAAUGAUACUUUAUAUCUUAUAAAAUCACAAUAUAAUUUCAAAUGGGAUAACAUUUAAGAGCUGGACCUGUAUUGGAGAGGAUAGCUUUUAUGUUGGACUUUGCAAAUAGGCAGAUUUUUGUCUUGAAUUUCAGUUAAGCUUUACAAAUCAAAGUUCUUCUGUCACUCAUUUUAUUUACAUGAAAGGCUGCUCUGGCCAGUCCUUGUUUUCUGUAUUGGUGUUAAAAACAAUCAUCAGGUAGCUUGAUUUGAUAUGGAUAACUGAAGUCUGAAAUUGCACAUCACUCAGGAAAGCUUGGUUUGGAUCUCUUCUAUAAACUGAGAACAGUGUACAUCUUAAACGUUUCAAGUUUUGAAAGUGAGAUUUGAAAAUUGCAUGAUGUGUCAUACAACAUGUUUCCCAAAACUCCAGAAAUCUUUUCUUGCCAUAUUUCCACAUGUUGCUUAUAUGAGAAUUUGUUCUAAGUAGUGAUCCCUUCUGUGUGUGUGUAUAUAGGAGUGCCUGUCUAUUUAUUGUUCAGAUUGAAGACCAAAACAUUUUCUUAAAUAUAUUUGUGUAACAUUUUAUUUGUAUACAUUGUUGUCAGUCAAAUAUUUAAAUAGAGCAUGAUAUUUUAAAUCUGUUGAUGUAACGUGUUAAAUACAGUUAAUUGUUUUUGAAUUUGAAAAAUAAAAUUGUGAUUUAAGUAGUU